AUCUGGAUCCUCAUGAUCAACCAAAGAGAAGAAGAAUUAGGAAGCAUAAAUCAAAGAAAAAAUUUAAAAAUCCUAAUAAUGUUCAUGUAGAACAAGCAGAAUUAGAGAAACAGCAGAGUUUUUUUCAAGAAAAAUUGCAGCCACAGCUCACGGAUGGGCCCACAAUGAGCAAAAAUAAAAGAAGGAAGCUGAAAAAGAAACAGCAGAUGAGGAGGAAGAAAGCAGCUGGCUUGGUAACCAAGGCAUCUGGCAUCAGCUUCAUGUACCAGCCUGAGGACAGCAGCAGUGAGCAGGAAGACGGGAGAGGGUCUGCUGGGGAAGGGGCCCAAGCCUCUCUGGAGGAGGACAAGGGGGACUGCAGCGAGAAGGGCACGGUUACAGAUGCCAUCCAGGAAGAUGCCAACAUUACCAACAGCAAGGCAGACAGCAUCUUAAAUUUCCUGAAGUCAACACAAGAAAUAUAUUUUUAUGAUGGUGUCUCCAAAGACUUGGACUUGGCCGUGUGUAUGGAAACCACUAAAGAGCUGCUUCACUGCCUUGAGUCUCACCGCAUGUCUCCCUCAGAUGUGUUCAUUUUGGACCACAUGAAAACGCUGCUCCUUGUGCAAGACACUGGGAGACUGAAGAGGGCUCUGGAGAUGUUCCCGGAACACUGUUUGAUGCCCCCUGACCAUGCUAAAGUAAUCUCAGCUUUCUUUAAUUACUGGAUCACACAUAUCCUUCCUGAGAAAAACAGUGAGUAAAAUCAGUGUAUCUCUUUAAGAAGAGCUAAUCUCUAGCAAGAAGAAGAUGUAAAAGACAAAUAUGAAUUGGACUGAGAGCUCAUUCUUAUGUACAAAGAAGAUUAAAUUCUCAAUAUUUUCUCUGAAACUCAAAUCCUGGGGAAUUUGAAGCUAUUUCUGCCAUAUUAUUUAUUCCUGUGUAUGUACAUAACGGUGAGAUGUCUUCUGAGCCUUUAAAUGAGAGGCUGGCAUAAAUUUUAAAGUUUUCACUUACUUCAGUUGCAUUUGUCUUGAGUUGCUACAUAAAAGUUUUUGUUUUUCAAAUUCCUGUAAAAAUCAGAGAUGGACAAUCUAUUGAGUGAACUAUAGUUUAAGCUGUUAUGUUUUUAUGAAGUUGUAAACCACCUGAGUCUGAAAACCUUUCAGAAUGCUUAAAGUCUAGUUGGAGUAGUUUGAUUGUAGCUAAAUUUAUUUUUUCCUCUCUUCUACAAAGAAAAUAAUGUCAGGAGCCUACUUUUCUUGUUUUAUCUUUCUUUUUU